AUUCAAUGAGGCUUCCAAUAGAGGUCGCGUUUGAGAAUCUCUGCCACCGUGACUUCUCCCAGAAAACGGUGAAAAUAGUUCAACUUUCAAACACGGAAUUCGACACAACACUAUUCACGAGAAAAAAGAAAUGUCGAAUGAAUCCGUCCAAGCAACCAACGAAUGAUCCGAAGUCACAGAAAUUCGAAUAAUACUGACGAGCAAGGUUAUGUUACUGUCACGAAAUUAUCCGUCGAGGAUAAACAUCCGCAGUGACGGAAACGAAAAAGUGUAACUUCAAAAUGAAUUCUGCUAAACUAAAUUCGUCGAAAGACAUAUUUAGGGCAUAGUGAAUACCAAUAAUCGCGAAAAGGGCGGUGUCGUUGCAGCAGGAAGGCAAGAUGGUGGCGCAACUCGACAACCGACUCUACUAUUAUCUUGUCCAGAAUGAAAUGAAUGACACUCAUAAAUGAUAUGAAAAAAUAGAAAAUGAACUAACUGUACUCAGCCAUAUCGUAACUAUCAGCUACUACACCUUCAUUAAUGCAUGAUUAUCAAACCUCUAGAAUUUACACCGAACGGAACAAAUGUUCACGUCAAACGCGACACUACUCUCGGCGCAAGGCAAACGAAACCCGUGGAAAGAUUUGACUGGACAGCGUUUACUGGAAUUUUCUCACGGGCACGGUCUCGGUGAACAAAAAUUUCACCGAAUUCGGAGCGUUACAACGAAAACGAAAGGAAAAAGGCACGUUAAUUUACACGAACGAAAAACAGAAACGGCACACAUCAGAGACCGGGAACCUCACGACAGAAACGCAGCGCGUUCACAUAGGGAAAGAUGACAUACACUUCGGCACCUCAUAGAGAUUGUAUCGAUCAUAGUUUCGAAUCAUCGAAUAACAUUAUAAAAUACAAGAAUUGCGUCGUAAAACUGCACGACAGUUAAGAGUGUCGAGGAAAAUUUCAUCAUUGAGCUGUAACUCCGAAUGUUCCUUGUAAUUCGAAUUUGAUAUUGAGUCGUCACAUGUUCAAGCUCCCACAACAACAGUCGGUACAUUCAGCCGUUGUUGAAUAGUCCGAACAUUUCAAGGGAAACGAUACCCAAAAAAGAUAAACUUUAGUCGUCUGUUUUUGAUCCAGAAGCAUAAAAUUCGAUAGAGGCGUUGUUUUUCAUAUCGGGAAAAUGACAGUUUCAAUGUGCACACGCGAAUCGAGUAGAUCAUUGCAAAAAAGUUGAUUCGCAAGACGGCGAUCGUUAUCUCUCCCUGGGACUUAAUUGCGAACGACUCACAAAAUGAAUGAUCUUUUGAAAGAACUAGAGGCUAUGAAAAUUUCCGGUGAUUUCUCCGAAGAGGGAUUAUGGUCGGCGUGCAUUGAUCUUAUCCAAAAAAGUUAUGUUCCUGAGAAAACGAUUGGUGCUAGCCGUCCUUGUGAGGAGAAAGACUUUAGGGAAUACAGGCAAAUAGUGGACAGGAAUUUGCGAAACAUCAGAUCUAUGCUCCAUCAUAUUGUUCACAGUUGUAACGAAGGAAUUGUGCAAAUAGAUUUAAAUGCAUCGGCUGUUAGGACUUUUACCAUUAACUUAGUAUUACUCAUUGGAGAGCAUCACGAGAGAAAUCUAUGGAAUACUGCAGAAUCUGUGUCUAUCUCCAAAGAAUUAUUGAGCAAUAUUUUGGGACUACAUAGAUGCCAGACCACAGCUCAGUUUUUCAUGGAACAAGACAAUUUUAUUACAGCAUUGUUAUCAUUAAGACCUAAGUUAAUGAAAGAUACUUGGAAAGCUUAUCCAGCAGCUGUAGCAUGUUAUAAAUGGCUUUUAUAUCAAACAGAGAAACCAGCUUUGUAUAGUCAUAUGGGUGAUGUUCUUCCAACAGCUUUAAUAAUUGUUGAUGACUAUAUGCCAGACAAUGUGGUAAUAGGUCUUCAAUGUUUACUUCAAAUUAUUCAACAUUCCCAUUUGAAAAAGGGAUUAAUAGACACUGGAUAUGCCAAAGUAAUGUUUCAUGCUUUAGAACGUUUGACUCAUCAGAGAGAGGCCAAAUAUGUGAUACUGGUAUAUUUGUGCAUAACUAGUUUGUUAGCUACUAUGGAACAUUGGGAUGAUACCUUAAAUGUAUUUGAAUGGACACAACGUGAUGAUGUUCUGGCUGUUUUGUUAGAUAACAUGGAAUUUGAACAAAAUGUAGAACUCAGACGUGUCUAUAUGUUAAGCUUGCCUCAACUUUUGACUAACAUUGGCUGCGCAAAAUGGUGUGAAAGAUUGACCAGAAUACUGACUGAAUACUGUGAGCAUCAUACAGAUCUUAGAACACUGAAGGCAACAUUGGAGACUGCCAAGACGUUUCUAUUAAUGUUUCAUUUACGAGUCGCAGCUCACUGUGUACCUUUAUACACAGCAUUUUUAAAACUGCACUUCGAUUUAACCGAGACACCAGUAUUUGACAAAGAAAUAAUGCAAAAUUUGGAGGACUGUAUUUGCUUGUUAUACAAAUUGUCCCCAAAUGUAGGUUGUGCAGUCAUGAAGGAUGAUCGAAUGCGUUCAGUGAUAAAAAAUAGUCUGCAAGUAGUUUGCCUAGGUGAUACCAAAUACUUCGAGUGAAUGAACUACUAUAAGUCUGUUCUAGAAUAAAAUUCAACAAAGUGUAUGGGCCACAUUAUUUAAAAUAAAAAGAAAACAUUAUUUUUUGUAGUUUCUUAGUAUAUGAUACAAUAAAGUAUAACAAAUAGUACUUAGAUAUCUUAUUUGUGAUUUUAAUGAAUAAAUGUAUAGCACUUUGUAUUGUAA